AAGUCCUCUACUGCUGGCGGGGCAAAGCAGAGCACGGAAAGGCACGCAUCCACGCGCACACGCACGCACACACACACACACACACCGAGCUCUUCUCCGACAGAGGAGAGAGCGAGCGCAGAGAGGGAUAAACAGAGGGAGAGAGAGACUAUAGGAACGCAGUGGCUUGUGUGUGUGUGCGUGUGUGUGUGUGCGUAGGUACGCUCGCUCGGUGGUAGAAACGACUGGGUGGAUAUGGAGGGGCUCGGGAAAAGCGCUGGGAACUGACCGAGCACGGACACGAAGAAAGGGAGAGAGAGAAAGAGAAGGACGCACGGAGAGCACGGAAGGAAGGAAGGAAGGACGGAAGGAAGGAAGGAGAGGAGGAGAGACAGAAGUCUGUCAGAGGAGAGGAAGAGUGUGAAGAACGGGCUCGUUUGGAAAACACAAGGAUCCUAAGGAGUGAGCCCUGGGCUGGAUGGGACCCACCAUGCCCCCCAGUAAGAAGGCUCAGAGCCCCAGUAGUGGUGCCAGUGCCUCACAGGGCAUGAGCCCACCAUAUCGGCAGGGGGAUGCCGCCACAGCAGCAUCUGAAGCCGAGGCAGCUGAUCUCUCCCUGUCCCUAUCGGCCUCCUUCUCCAAGGCCGAGGACGAGGAACUAACCAGCCUCUCCUGGCUCCAUGAGAGCACUGACCUCCUCAACAGCUUCAGCCAUUCGGGGCUGCGUAGCGUUUCCCCUCUGCAGGACCCCGAUGGCCAGCAUCCCCGUUCGCCCUCCUCCUCAUCUCCCUGCCCAGACGACCCCCUGCUCGGCGAUGCACACUCAGCAUACGACUUGGCAGCAGGGGCUAACCGAAAACCACCGUAUUCCUUCAGCUGCCUGAUUUUCAUGGCCAUCGAAGAUGCACCGAACAAACGGCUGCCGGUGAAGGAUAUCUAUGGCUGGAUCCUGGAGCACUUCCCUUACUUUGCAAGUGCCCCUACAGGCUGGAAGAACUCAGUGCGCCACAAUCUGUCGCUCAACAAGUGCUUCAAGAAGGUGGAUAAAGACCGGAGCCAGAGCAUAGGUAAGGGCUCUCUGUGGUCCAUAGAUCCCGAGUAUAGGCACAACCUGAUCCAGGCGCUGAAGAAGACGCCGUACCACCCCUACUCGCCCGGCCUGACAGCCCCCUCCACCUCCCCACCCAUCCUGCCUCAGACAUUUCACCACAGUCCUCCAUUGUGGUCGGGGAGUCCCCUCUUCAGAAAGAACGGAGGAGUUCUCCUACAAGUUCCUCGUGGUGUGAUCCAAAACGGUGCCCGCGUCAGGAGCCAGGCCCUCUUCCCCGUGAUCAGACCCCUACCUGUAAGCCCUGUGGGGAGCAGAACCUCGGCCAUAAGAUCAUCCCUGGGAGAUUAUCUAAGUCGCGGACAGGACAGCCCAUCUCGCUACUCUCCUCUGCCCUGUAGUGAGGACCUCCAGGACGACCACACAUACAGCACUGCCAAAUCCCCCAGCAGGCUGUGCUCCUCCCAAGUCGCCACCUCUUCCUCCCCACUGGACGACGACGACAUCAUCGCCGUGGAGAUCCAAUCGGACGUCAAACCUGAGCCCCGGGAAAUUCCGCUGGAUUCUCACAUCACCACUGCCGCUGCUACCUACAUUUCCCAGCAGCCCCUGCGCGGACAGAGACGUAGCUCAGGGGUGGGAGCUGGGACUCUGGCUGGAAGCAGUUUGCCCUGGACCAAAAACCGAGCAAGGGGCAUUAGCGACACGCUGCCAUUGAAGAAGCGGCGUGCAGCGGCUGUGGAGAAGCCGCCGGAGAGCGACGAUGAGGAGAUGAAGGAGGCGGCGGGGUCACUGCUCCACCUGGCGGGGGUCAGAGCCUGCCUCAACAACAUCACAAACCGCACCGCCAAGGGCCAGAAGGAGCAGAAAGAGGCCCUUAGAAACUAAGACACACACAUAGAUCAAGUACAUAGUCAUGCAAACACACACUGCAAGUAUACAUCUCAAAGCACACACACACCUUAACACACAGAGUGACACAAAUACACAAAUAGGUCAACAGGUAACGUUACUACAGCAUUAGUCUCAACGGACACUUCUCAUCUCCCUCUAUCUAUCUGCAGGGCAUUAGGUGAAUCCUACUUAUUUGUGGCAAUAUCAAAAAUCUAUGUUUUCCUACAUGUUCAGCAACACUAACAUCAGUGGGUAUUUUUCAUGUGUCUUUGUUGUUUUUGUUGUUUCAAAGGGGAUGAAAGCCAUAAAAAAGCAUGUUUUUGUCGCUAAUUAGGACAAGUCGACCACGACCAAACCGAAUCACAUUGAGGAGCAUAUAGUACGUGACCAGAAGAUGGCUGUUUGUCUUACCUGUUUGUUUCUAUGUGAAUCUGUAGCAAUCUUGCAGUGAUGCCAGCAAAGACGGCGGAGCCGACGAGACAGACCUAUCUAACAAGACUUCAAGCUCUCUCUCUCUCAGCCGCUCACUAGCAUCACUCUCCUACAACCACGAGCACAAAUGUGAGACUGUGCCAAAGAUAAGCGACCAGGUUGCUUCAUGUAGCCGAUACGACAGCUGACAAAAAAAAAGAAGGCAUAGUAGUAACGAAGACCGAAAGAGAAUGACCUUAAGUGUCAAGAUAAUUGUAAAACCCAAUGUGAUAUAUAUUCAUGCACUUAAGAUUAUUUUACACCACUUAUAAUAAAGCAUCAUGGGUAAAAACAUGGUUUAUUUCAAGAGCACUCAUAGUAUUUAAGAAUAGAUAUAUUAAAAAUUUUUAAAAAAUGCUCAUGUUUAUCACCAUAGAGAUGGAUAGUGUGCCGGGUCUGAGGCAAUAUCUCCUUCAUUUUGUUGUUGUUGUUGUUGCAUAUUGUAAACGUCCCUAAAAAUCCUCCAGUACUUCUUCUGUCCAUAGCCGUAGACACCUGGUAUAGAUAUUGUAGCUACCACUAGCUACCACACCUUCCGAUUCAUUUGACAGUCUCAAAGACCUAUAUACAUAAACUGUGGGUUUGGAUUUCUGUUUGUGUCUGUUUACCCUCACUCUACCCUCAUAAAGAUAUAAGCAAUUUGUCCCAUGUGGACAACUCUGUAAAAAGGUUAGAAAAUAUUUUAUUUUUUUUCUUUCUUAAUUGAAGCAAUUUGACCUGCAGGACUUUCUCAGUUAUAUUGCAUGGGUGCUUGUAAAUAAGAUAAAAAGCAAAUCUUUUUUAUUCAAAGAUCAUGUAAGAUAAACAAUGUAUUUAGCAUGAAGCAUGACUUAUUUUCAUAUAAACCUUGAUCCUAGAAGAAAGAAAAAAGUUUUGCCGCCAAUUCUUAUACCCGUGAUUAUACUGAAGUUUUUUUUUUGUUUUGUUUUGUUUUUUUUUAAUCUUAUGGGUUCUUCUUUCUGAGUGGGCUUUUGAAGACAUGUCUUCAGGGAGGAACGUGGGAGAUCACUCUGGCCCGAGGGUGCCACCUCCGGGCCUCAGGUUCAGGCUACGUAGGCCAGCUGAAUCACCUCUUAGGGGGUGGGCUUCCGUCUUCUUCUGCCUGUACAGUGGUUUUUAGGUGUUCAAUGUUAAACCCAGUGUUAUUUCAGCACACAUCUGUAGAGUGUGUGAGUUUGUGUGCCCAGGAACACACACCCUUUAACAUUGUGCCUGCCUGCCUGCCCUCGGUACCUCUGUUGUCAUGUCUCUGACAUGUUUUGACAGAAUGCUACCUGUCUUUAUUUAUAACAGUAUUGUUUUGUUUCUCUCUCUCUCCUGUGUGUAAAUGUGCGUGUCCUUAGUUUCCAUCGACAUUGUUCAGUGUAAACGUGUGGAUCAGACAGGCAUGGGAAACUUAGUAGGUGUCCUGGAAGAAUCUCAUAUCUUGGGUGUUGAAUUGAAAAGAAGGGAAUGUAGGAGAUGGUAUGUGACAUAAAUGUUUGUUUUCUAAUUUACAUACAGUAUUGUUAACCCUUUGAUUAAAAGUAUUACUUGCCUUUGUGGAUGUCAGACAUAUUUAUCUUAAGAGCCCAGUCUGGAGAUCAGAUAUUGAUUUUUUUUACGCCAGUGUGCAAAGUGUAUGUGUAUCUCACUAAGGGCCAUGAAAACACUGACUUGAUUGAAAUUCACAGUGGUGAGCUUUGACAGUUUUUGCAUCAGAGGUGAUAUGGAUACUGCACUGCCAUUACUGGGCAUGUGUUUGCAUUAAAGUAUUACUUUCCCCCCCACCUGCAAAGAUGCAAUGCAUAUAAAAAGUAGCUUUGUAGGACAAAACAUAGGUUGUAGCAGCAGAGUCAGACAAGGAUUUGUUUAAGCUAAAUAGAUGCUGAGUGACUGUCAGCAAGACAAGCAGGCAAACAAAAUGCAUGUCCCAUCCAUUGUCUUUUACCACCUGUAGCAUGCAUCACUGGCCUUGCAUUGUGUAUGGUAUCCAUGCCAACAUAUAAAAUUGCUAAAAGGAGACUCUGUCAGUGUUCUUUUCACGUGUCACCCAUCUCUCGUCUGAAACCUGUCUGAGUCCCCCUGCAGUAUUUGCAGUAUCAGUCCACUGUUGUGACUAAUAAUAUGUUUAGUUGGCAAGAGGCAUGUUGAGAAGAGAAAGUGUUGCUUUAGCAACCACCUUUUUUUCCUCUGACUCACUCGGUGACAUACAGGAAAGAUGAACUCCUGACCUACUAGUCCUGGAAAAACAGAGCAACACAUAAAAUAUAGACGCGACAUUUUAAAGCAAAGGAAAUGUAAUUCACAGCCUGAGAAGCUCCUGAAACAAGUGUUUCUUUCAAACCUGCCAAACAAACAGUGAAACGUCCUAAAGCAUACAGUUGCCAUUUUUUAUUUGUUGAUGUUUUUAUGCACAUUUUCAUUUUCUGUUUUGUUUUCUCUCUGACAAAAUUAAUCACAAUACUGCCAUUCUUUUUGGUGACUGUCUGAGCUGAAUAUUGGAAAGCCAUAGGUUAGAGAUGUCAAAAUGCAAAACUGUUAUUGAUCUGUGAGAUGUGAUGCAGAGUACACCCAGGUGUUUUUUUUUUCAGUAAAUGUUCAAUUCUCUCCUUAUUGUGCAAUCAUAUUGCCAAAGAAUGAUUUCAAGACCUAUUGCAUCACUACAUGUAAAUAUCAACGUUGUCCAAUACUGUGGCAAAAAUAUAUAAAUGUUGUUUUAUUUUGUUUUCCAUUUUCUGAAAAACUACAAUGAUGUUUAUGUGAUGUAUUGUCUUCCAGUUGGUUGCAAUAAUAAAAAAAUAC